AUGUUCAGGGAGUCGUUCUGGAGCCCCGCGCCGCCGCGCGACUCUCUUCCCAAGCCGUUCACGUUCAAGAAGCCCGAGGGCAACGGCGCCGCCGCCAACAUCUCCCUCGUUCUAGUCGCGAUUCUUGCGACCGUAGGCAUAGCCAUUGCGCUGGCCAUGGUGUCCAUGCCAUUCCUCGCUCUCAUCGAAUCGUACUUCACAGGAGAGCCCGCCAGCCUCCCCACGCUCUUCCCCCACCCGUACUCCCCGUUCGCCUACAUGAGGAGGGGCGGAGAGGAGUCCAUGAUGGUGACUGGCCGCUUUGACUCGGGCCUCAAUUGGUCCUGUCCAAACUGCUGGGGCAUGCCAUUCAAGCUUCCACACAACACCAAUUAA